GGACUGAGUGAGGAUUAACUGGGAUGUGUUCGGCGCUGUAGAGCUGAAAUGGACCGGCACAAGAGUACCGCAAUGCAGAGCAGAGAAUUACCGGUGCCGCUCACUCGUCAUUGGGAUGAACUGAUCCCUCUCCAGUUGCAAUAAGUCUAAGUUUGUUGACUGUCAUGGCUUCCGGCACUUUACUGCUCCUGGUUCUCUCCUCCUUAGUCUCCCUCACAGUGGCGGUCCUAUUUAACGAGCCUAGAAUUUAUGGAGAUGAUGCCACUGGAUACGGGCCCAUCUUCGAGGAGGAGCCGGUGGAUGUGGUCUACAAUGAGGACUCACCUGACGGGAGGAUCUCCAUGAACUGCAGGGCACGAGCCAACCCACCUGCUACAUACAGGUGGCGCCGUGAUAACUGGGAAAUCAAGCUGAUGGAGCAGCCAGACGAGUACUACAGCCUUGUGGGGGGGAACCUGGUUAUCACCAACCCCAAGCAGAAGAAACACUCUGGGACGUACAUCUGCGUGGCCAGGAACAUCUACGGCACUGUCAUCAGCAAGGAGGCCAGGGUCAAGUUUGGAUUUGUGGAGGAGUUUCCCCAGGAGGAAAGAGAUCCGGUGUAUGUCAAAGAAGGACAGGGGGCUGUUCUGCUAUGUGUCCCUCCAAAAGUCUGGCCACAGGAGGUGACCUACCGCUGGAUCUACAACGAGUUCCCAGUGUUCCUGUACACAGACCGCCGUCGCUUCGUCUCCCAGAAGACGGGAAACCUGUACAUUUCCAAAGUGGAAGCUCAGGAUGCAGGAAACUACUCCUGCUUCGUUUCCAGCCCCGUCACCGGGAAGAGCGUCUUCUCCAAGUUCAUCCCCCUCAUCCCCUUACCCCCUGAGGAUGGUGAGGAGAAAAAAUACCCAGCAGACAUCAGGGUGAAGUUUCCAGACACUACUGCCAUGCUGGCCUCCAAUAUUACAUUGGAGUGCUUUGCUCUGGGAAACCCCAUCCCUCAUAUCGUUUGGAGGAAGGUGGACGCCACGGAUCUCCCACCGACUCAUGAGAUCAGUGAAUCAGGAGCAGUGCUUCAUCUGUACAAUGUACAGUACGAAGAUGUGGGAGGAUACGAGUGCGAAGCUAUCAACACUAAAGGAAAGGACUGGCACAAGGCCUGGCUGUAUGUGGAGUCUGCUCCGGAGUGGGCGGAAACCAUCAACAACACUCAGAUCGACAUCGGCUCAGAGCACACCAUGCGCUGUGUGGCAUCAGGGAAGCCCUUCCCUUUCAUCCGCUGGUACAAAGAUGGAUACAUGUAUGGGAAGGGGGAGUUGAAGUUUUCCAGUCUCACUUUUGAUGACUCGGGAAUGUACCAGUGUCUCGCAGAGAACUACUGGGGCAUUAAAUACGCCAACGCCGAGCUGCGAGUCAUCUCGUGUGCUCCUACAUUCGAGUUUAACCCUGUGAGGAAACAGCUUCUUGGAGCUAAAGAUGGCCGCGUGGUAAUCGAGUGUAAGCCCCGAGCUGCUCCUAGAGCGCGGUUCACCUGGACAAAGGGCAAAGAGCUCCUCUACAACAAUUCACGGAUUUCCAUCAUGUUUGAUGGGAGUCUGGAGAUCCUCAAUGCCACCAACAAUGAUGCGGGGGUCUACACCUGCUUUGCAGAGAAUGACAGAGGAAAAGGCAACAGCUCUGGCUAUCUCACCAUCACAGAGGCUACCGGCAUCACAGAACCACCUGAAGACACUGAGGUAAAGGUUGGUGAUGAGGCUAUUCUGAGGUGUGCCGCUUCAUAUGACCCCAUGCUGGACAUCACAUUCAUCUGGACCAUAGACUUCAGGGUCAUCGAUUUUGACUCUGAGUGGCAACACUACGAACGCGUUAUGAGUGACGAUGGCAGCGGUGAUCUGAGGAUAAAGAAUGUCCAGAUUUGGCACGAAGGUCGCUACGCCUGCACGACUCAGACAGUGGUGGACAGCGAUAAUGCGUAUGCUGACCUCAAGGUUGUAGGUGUUCCUGGGCCUCCCGGGGUAAUCCGGGUGGAAGAGAUCGGGGACACGUGGGUGAAGUUGUUAUGGACUAAAGGAGCAGAGCAUAACAGCCCCAUUUUUUCCUACACCAUUCAGACCAGACACUUCUGGUCCCUGAAUGAAGACGACUGGAAGGACGCCACAACCACUCCAACGAUUCUUGACGGCAAUGUGGAGAGGGCAGAAGUGACAGACCUGUACCCAUGGAUGGAGUAUCAGUUCAGGAUUAUCGCCACCAACGAGCACGGCUCUGGAGAGGCCAGCAUCCCCUCCCUCAAGAUCAAAACCUGGGAUUCUAUGCCAGUGAUUUCUCCCACUGAUGUGGCGGGUUAUGGAGGUAGAAAUGGUGAGAUCGUCAUCACAUGGACUCCCGUGGAGCCUUGGUAUUUCUAUGGCAAAAAGUUUGGCUACAUUGUGGCAUUCAAGCCUCAUGACGCUUACGACUGGUGGUACGAGACAAUUUCAGAUCCUGACACGAGGCGUUACGUUCACAGUGACUCUUACUUCAUUCCCACUGAAGAAGAUUUUCAGGUCAGAGAGUUUCAGGUCAAGAUCAAGUCGUUUAAUGUGAAAGGAGAUGGACCAUACAGCCUCACCAAGGUCAUCUACUACCCAAGAGAUGUACCUAUAGAGUCUCCGACAGACAUCUAUGCCAGGCCGGUAUCCUCCACUGAAGCUCUGGUCUGGUGGUUGCCAGUAGUGGACACUGGUACAGGCCUGCAGCAGUACAUUGAGGGAUACCAGGUGAAAUACUGGAGAAAGUACGAUGAUCCGGAGCCGGGAGCAAACCGUAUAUUCGUUUCAGCCACAGUCAACCAGACCAGGUUGGAGAACAUGCUGCCAGACUCUCACUACCUCAUUGAGGUCCGAGCCUUCAAUGGAGCUGGCCUCGGACCCCCUGGUGAACACUGUGAGAUGUUCACAAAGAGACCACCACCACCAGACCCUCCCAGGAUGUGGCGCUAUGUUACAUGGACAGGACAGUGGUUGUAUGUGUGGUGGGAUCAUAUCCAGUAUGACUGGUUUGGCAAUAUUUCCUUCCCACUGUACUACAAGGUCAUGUUCAGAAAGACAGGCUACAUAUAUGGGAAAGUCUACAUCACUGGCUGGCACUUCAUGGACUUCCCUAUGCCUCAGUUUGGAGACUUUGAGUUGAUGGUACGCGGCCGUUAUGAAGGAGGGGAUGGCCCAGUCAGGAAGAUAAGUAUUCAAGGAAAAGCAUCAAUGAUAGCGCCCACUCUGAGUCUUGCGUCUUUGGUGCUGCUGGCGCUGGGCAUUGUUGGAUUGCAAAUGUAAGCUCUGCCACAAGUGACAUGUAUAUAAUAGACUCUGGGAAGUAAAUGUGUGAAUAGAAGAGAACCAGUUUUCAAAUCCAAACACGCUUCACACUGAUAGUCAUUGGUUAAAAUCCUACAUCAUGAAUCUGUUCUGUUGCAACACGACACAGGAAGUUGUUUUUCACAAAAGGUUAUUGGGUGUUGACCCCGAACCAUUUACAUGGACUUACUUCAUCUUCUAAAUGAACAACACAGCAGGGCUGCUGAACCGAGUAGGACUCCUGCAUCGACCGUAUCUGUAUUUCGAAAGAGAAAAUCUAUAAUGUGCUCUGUCAAAUCCAGAUGUUCACCCCAAAGUCAAAACCAAAAUGAAUGAAGACAAAUGAUAAUUGUUGGAUUAUGCGAUUAAGAUAUCCACACACUUGUGUUCAGAUAAAACCAUCCAGAAAAGUAAUUAAGUAAAUAAAGUUUUUUGCCAAAUGGAACAGUUGUAUCACUACUAAAAUAUGUCCUCUUCUAUUGUUCCUUCCUUCCCAAUGAAUUUAAUAGUACGGUAGAAUUAAACCCAUAAAAUGGAGAAAUGCUAUUUAUAACAAGCACGAGCAAUCUCUCAGAUGGUCAAGCAAUGAAUAUUAUGUAAAGAAGUGUAUGAUAAUCACUGUAUUUGGUGUAUACAUUUUAUGUUACAUCCAUUUUUUUUCUUGGUGCACUCACUAUGUCCCAUAUUUUAAACUCGCUUAUUCUUCAAAAUCGUGUUUUCACUUUUGUUAAACUUUUUUUGAUACAUUUUUUCUACACGUUCCAUGAUGCUGUGUGACAGCUACAGAGGAUGCUUGCUUUGUGUUCAUUUACAUGUAUUGCAUAGUCAAUUUUAGUAUGAGUUCUAGCUGCAACAAUGAAAGCCAUAUCAAUUUGAUGACAACUUCCCUUUGAGACCAAUGACGAGUUGUGAAAGUUAAAAUGUAAUAUCUGAAUGAACCAUGAGGCCGGGGUUGGAGAGAAAUUGCUGUAUAUCACAUAUAUGUAUGCUAAUUUCCUUUGUGUCAGGCUGCAAAACCAUUAAACAGAGUACAACAAUCUA